CUUUUUUCUUCUUCUUUUUAUUAGGUUUCUAACCUACCAACCUCAUCAUCGUAGCUGAGAAGGGAAAUAUAUCAGGAUAGAAUGGAAUGGGCACGCUCCACCAUGUUCUACAUACAAGUGCGAGGGCGAUUAGCGUCCCCGAGUUCAUGGACGCCGUGCGCGCCACUUGUACCCCUCGGUUCCCUUAUGCUAGAGGGACGAGCCAUAGGCGAGUUGCCGUAGCUGUGAGCGGAGGCGUCGAUUCUAUGGCCCUGGCCUUUCUUUGCUCUCAAGUGCGCAAGAUAGACCCUGACUUCAAGAUCUCUGAUAAUCCUGUAUCUGGAUUUCGGGGCAUCGUUGUCGACCAUGGCCUCCGCCAGGGGUCUAGGGAAGAGGGAUUCGCCGUCGCUAAGGUUCUCAAGGACAUGGGCUUGGUUGAUGAAUUGGUUGCUAUCAAUUGGCUCAAGGUACUUGGCGAUUCUAAGCAUCCAAAGGACUUGCCCAACUUCGAGAGCGUCGCGCGCACUCAGCGGUACAGGAAGAUCGCAGCUGUAUGCGCCUUUCGAAACAUCGCUAGUCUUCUUCUAGCGCACCACGAAGAUGACCAGUAUGAGACAGUCCUCAUGCGCCUGUUGCAGGGACACGGCAUUCGUGGCCUACGCGGUAUGAGGCCAGCACACGACAUUCCUGAGUGUCAUGGCCUUUUCGGUGCUAAUAAGAGUGGUUUUGUGGAUGAUCAAGCUCGCAUCUUUCCUUUCUACAAUAUGAAUCCCACCAGGAGAGAGCGGAAGCAUAUGCGGCGGGAGUUUAGGAAUGUCAUUAGUAACCUCAUGGCUGAGGGGGAAACGGAUGACUGGACCUCGACAAACGUCGACGACGUGAAGGAAUUCUAUCAGACGAAAGACAUUCCAGAAUUCGCACCUGAAGACCUCGCCGUCGAGGAUGGUGGAGUUGUCGUCUAUCGACCCCUGCUAGGAUUUAGCAAGGACCGUCUGAUCGCAACUUGUUUAGAGAACAAGGUUCCUUGGUGGGAAGACGCCACCAAUACGGAUCCCACACUUACGAUGAGGAAUGCUGUUAGGCACCUAUAUAAAGGUUACACGCUUCCUAAGGCUUUGCAAAAACCAGCUAUUCUUGAUCUCGCGAAGAGGUGUGAGCGGAGAGUCCAGGCUCAAGAGGCUGAGGCGAAUAGACUGCUGAGACAGACCAUUAUUCACGAUCUUGAGCUGCUUUCCGGAACUGCGACGGUCCAGUUUCCGAAAGUAGAGGUUCGUAGAGCGAGGAGUAAUUCCCACUCAUACUUACGACACCGAGCACAGUUGCUGAGGAAAAGGCAGAUUACCGCUAUCCUUAUGCGUAAGAUUCUCUUGCUGGUCAGCCCGGAAUCGCAGCCACCGCUCCUAUCGACCCUUGAAAAUCACGUUACGCGCCUCUUCCCGUCUCUUGCUCUCCCCGAAGAGCUACCCAUAGCUACACCUCCAAAAGCAUUCAGCAUUGCCGGCGUUUAUCUUAUGCCGGUCGAGUCUAGCCCUAGCGGUAUGACCUCCGCGGGGGCAUCAAACCAACAAUUAAGCUGGUAUCUUUCGCGCAUGCCAUACCCAUCGACCCAACCGCUUCCAAGCUUCCGCACGCCGUACUGGGCUCCUAAUCGCAAUAGAAAGGGGCGAUGGCUGAUGUGUCACUGGCUGGACUGGACGCUAUGGGACGGCCGGUAUUGGUUCCAUAUCAAGCACCGAUUCCCCUAUCGCGUGCUCAUCUUGCCAUUCUUAAAAGAACACGCUAAAGCCUUCCGAGAGCAGCUCCCGCCCGAAGACCAGAAGCGGCUAGCUACACUCCUCAAGCGCUAUGCCCCGGGUAAAGUCAGAUACACCAUCCCGGCUUUCUACCUCGAAGAGCCUCUCGACCUCCUCGACAUGGAGAACACCAACCCGCGGCCCGGGUACCCGAUACCCCUAUGGAAGGUGGUAAGCACAGAUAGUAAUAGCGGAGAUAAUAGCAGCGAGGGCGAGAGCGAGAACAACGAAAAGCAAGUGCCACGUUCUAUGCAUCCUGCGAUCCUAGAUACUUCGAAGAUACAGCUGCUUGCUCUGCCCACGCUGGGGAUCCAGCUCCCAGCGCUCGACAACUGGAUGUCGUACGAGACGCGGUAUAGGAAGAUAGAUCGCGAGACACUGCGGACGGCGGGGACGUUUCACAGGGGCUCGUUCGCGGCGCCGCGGGCGAGCUCUUUACGCCCGUCGUCGAAGAAGGGGUCAAAAGUAAAUACGCGUAGAUAUUUGAAAAAACGGCGGAAUAGGGGUAGGUAGAAGCUGAAUUCGGCUUAACCCCGUCGUAGAUGAUAUAUAGAUAUAUAAAUAUUAUAUAUAUGAACCAUACACGUAAUCUAGGUA